GACAGACAGUUUGCCAGCGUGGAACACAGAAACCAUGCUACAAAAUAGUUUAUUUUCACGAUGCUUCGCGCAGGAUCAGCUACGAAGAAGCGCACCUUGCCUGCAGAGCUGAUGGCGGACAUCUAGUCAGUAUUGAAACAGAAGGAGAGCAAAGACUGAUUGAAAAAUUUAUUGAGAGUCUCUUAGCUUCUGAUGGAGAUUUUUGGAUAGGGCUUAGGAGGAAAAAGAAGGAGGUAGACAAUAGUACAGAGUGUCAGAACCUCUACUCCUGGUCAGAUGGCAGCUCAUCCAAGUUCCGGAACUGGUACGUAGAUGAGCCGUCCUGUGGGAGUGAAAUCUGUGUUGUGAUGUACCACCAGCCAUCUGCCCCACCAGGUGUCGGAGGUCCUUACAUGUUUCAAUGGAACGAUGACAGAUGCAACAUGAAAAAUAACUUCAUUUGCAAAUAUUCUUUGGAGAAGCCAACAAAGACUCCAGUAGAGAAUUCUCAAAGAGAUGUUGCAACAGAGCGCUUGAACCCAGUAUUCCCAGAAGAACGCCAUAAGAAAGAUGCUAAUGUAACCGUUGUAGAAGCUAAAGAACCUGUUCAGAGUCUUGCCUACAUCCUUAUUCCCAGCAUUCCUGUGCUGAUUCUCCUGAUGGUCUUUGCAGCCAUCUUCUGUUUCUGGCUUUUUGCAAAGAGACAGGAGCAACUAGAUGCAAGCCCAAAGGAGGAAGAUGCGUGGCUGUCUAACCCCAGGAGGAAUAGUCCAAAUCUGGAUAUUUACAAAGUAAUCAAGAAGCAAUCAGAAGCAGAUCUGGCUGGAACCAGGCCUGACACUAAGAAUGCUUCCUUCCGUACACAGGAAGAUAAGGUGCUUGACAGCCUCUCCAGGGAUUAUGAUGAGGCGGCAAUGAAUACAUCAACGAGUGGCUUUGUGACACUGGCCAGUACUGAAAGUGGUUUUGUCACCAAUGAUAUCUAG